GACGGCUGCUGUGUCCGAGAACCUCUACAAGUAAAUCCUAUAGCUUUGCAUUUUAUGAACCUCAUUUUAAAAUCAAGAUAUACAGAAUGCACUUGGAGGAUUUUUAGCGAUCCGUUAAACACGACUAGCGUUGUUCCUUUGAACCAUCGACAUAUUGUUCGUUGUACAUCACUACGACAUCCUAAGACAAAUGUGUCAAACAUAUAGAGCUUAGAGCCGCGUGCGUGGCCCGUAGGAACAGUGCGCUCGGAGGCGCAUUUUACGCACGAUGGAGAGUCCCCUAAAAGACGCGCUUUUCUGGUCCUUCAACGAUUCGCGUGUGAACUCCAGCAGAGGAAACGACAGCACUGGAUUGAAUCAAACAACAAACCCCCUGAAGCGUAACGAAGAAGUGGCUAAAGUCGAAGUAACGGUCCUAGUUCUGAUCCUACUGUUCGCGCUCGCUGGCAACCUGUGCGUCCUAAUGGCUAUCCAUACAAGCAAACACGGUCAGUCGCGGAUGUAUUAUUUUAUGAAACACCUGAGCAUAGCUGACCUGGUGGUGGCGGUUUUUCAGGUACUCCCUCAACUUAUCUGGGACAUCACUUUUCGCUUUUAUGGUCCGGAUAUACUGUGCCGCUUGGUGAAGUACUUACAGGUGGUUGGCAUGUUUGCGUCGACCUAUAUGCUGGUCCUGAUGUCGACAGACAGGUGUUUGGCCAUAUGGCAGCCGCUGCGGUCCCUGCGUCGUCGAAAGGACCGUUUUUACGUGAUCGCAUCAUGGAUUAUGAGCCUUCUUUUCAGCGCGCCCCAGGUGUACAUCUUCUCGCUCAGAGAGGUUGGUGACGGGGUGUACGACUGCUGGGGGGAUUUUAUUCAGCCAUGGGGCGCGAAGGCGUACGUUACGUGGAUUAGUCUAACCAUCUAUGUCAUUCCUGUGGCCAUCCUAAGUGUUUGUUACGGUCUGAUAAGUUUUAAGAUAUGGCAAAAUUUUAAACUGAAGACACGGAAGCAACAGUGUCUGUCGCUGACCCCGCGCCCCGGUAAAGGAGCUGCGCUCUCUCGUGUCAGUAGCGUCAAACUGAUUUCCAAGGCCAAGAUCAGGACAGUGAAAAUGACGUUUGUGAUCGUCAUGGCUUAUAUUAUCUGCUGGACACCGUUCUUCUUCGUUCAGAUGUGGUCAGCGUGGGAUCCGAUGGCUCCAAGAGAAGCCUUGGCAUUUAUCAUCGCCAUGCUUCUUGCCAGCCUCAACAGCUGCUGCAACCCCUGGAUCUACAUGUUUUUCGCCGGCCAUCUCUUCCGGGAUCUCAUUGAGCGCUGUGUUACGGCGUCAAACUGUGGCUGUAUGAGGCAGUGGAGAUCUAGGAAUCAUUUGGUCACUGGUGCCAUGCGGAGUAACAGCAGUCAAAAGAGCAUGACACAGACCUCUACCACAUGAUACUGUACCUGUCACCUCCAUGGCCAAAACUAAAAAAUAAUAUAAGCUAAGACAUUCGAUUGGGAUACUAAAUCAUGCCUGUGUUAAAAGUAUUUAAGAAAUGAAGGAACAUUCAAAUCUAUUCAGACUUUCCACAAAGAUCCAUCAAUGGGCAAUGGGAUUAAUGGGAGUGAUUUUCCCUGACGAAUAAAACAAUUUGCCAGCUUUGUGACCAUUGUACCCGCACUCUUCUGUGGAAUCGUCUCCUGGGUUUUGUAUCGAGCAGCUUGUCUUUCCUUGUGGUUAUGAACCCCUUUUACAAAUUCACACCUCGUUCUCCAGUGUAUUUUUGUGGGAACGAAUCGUAAUCAGGACACAAACGCCACAAAUCUCACCAUAGCUUUCCCAACUUUGCUAUCUGUAUUUUGAAGAAACACUAAUGAGAAGUCAUUGCUUCAGAAAGAUCCCGUUCUGUCACGAAUAACUCCAUUUAUUUGAUCACUGAAAACUGAACAGUCUGAGUGAAAAUCAAAUAAAUCAAAUAAAGAUAAGGUGUCAUAAAUGAUAAUUCAGUCAGCAUGAUCCAACAAAUGGCCAUUUCUGACUUGGUGUUUUGGCUUUUUUUGCUGUAAUGUAAGCAAAUCAUUUAAAAUGAUUAAUAUCAUAUGCACAAGCAAAACCACUUUUAAAUGCAAUCUUUUUUGAAUGCUGUUUUUUCACAAUAUUUCUCAGUGGUGCUGUGGGUGUUGUGGUUUGUCAUUUGUGGUUAAAUUGUGUUAUUAUUGUAAAUAUGUAUACCAUUUCUUUCUAAAUAUUUUCAUGUGUAUCAUUAAAUGACAAAACAAGAAGUUUAA